UGCUCCCUGACCUGACCUCUUUCCGGAAUUCAGACACCACCAUCUCUCGGGGAGGCCUGCCGGGGUCACCAGGGCAGCCAGAGAGCCAAAUCGAGAGUCCGGAGGCAGCCGCAGAGACACCCUUCAUGGCGAUCCUCUUGGCCACCACUCGCAUCGCCCAGCCUCUUGCCCGGCUGACCCUGAAAGCUCCGCACUGCAAGGAUGGCGCUGCCACCGGCCUGCGAUUGCUUCCCAGGGUCCAGGCCGCGGCCUCCGCCUGGAGGAGCCAGCGCUGCUACGCAACAGAGGUGGAAGAGAUCAGCCAGCGGCCGGUGCUUAUUACGGGCUGCGACUCGGGCUUUGGCUUCUCCUUGGCCAAAUUCCUCCACGGGAAAGGCUUCAUCAUCUACGCUGGGUGCCUGCUGAAGGAACAAGGCCGGGGGGGCUCCAAGGACCUGGACAACAUGAAGAGUGACCGAAUGAGGACGGUCCAGCUCAACGUCUGUGACAGCGAGGAGGUGGCCCGUGCGGUGGACUACGUGACCAGCACCCUGAAGGACCCGGAGACCGGAGGGCUCUGGGGUCUGGUCAACAACGCUGGCAUUUCCACCUUUGGAGAGGUGGAAUUCACCAGCAUGGACACUUACAAAGAGGUGGCCGAAGUGAAUCUCUGGGGCACCAUCCGCACCACCAAGGCCUUCCUGCCCUUGAUACGGAGAGCUAAAGGCCGCGUGGUCAACAUUAGCAGCAUGAUGGGCCGGAUGGCCAACCCCGCCCGCUCCCCUUACUGCAUCACCAAGUUUGGGGUGGAGGCCUUCUCCGACUGCCUGCGCUACGAGAUGCGUCCGCACGACGUGAAGGUCUGCAUUGUGGAGCCGGGCAACUUCAUCGCCGGCACCAGCCUCUACAGCCCCGAGCGCAUCCAGUCCAUCGCGGACAAGAUGUGGGACGAGCUGCCGGAGAUCGUGCGCCGCGACUAUGGGCGCAAGUACUUUGACGAGCAGAUCGCCAAGAUGGAAUCGUACUGCAGCAGUGGCUCCUCAGACACCUCCCCGGUGGUCGAGAGCAUCGGCCACGCCCUCUCCUCCACCACGCCCUACACCCGCUACCACCCCAUGGACUACUACUGGUGGCUGCGCAUGCAGGUCAUGACCCACAUGCCCGCGGCCAUUUCCGACCGCCUCUACAUCUACUGAGGGCGGGGGGGGGUCCCGCUGGAGCCGAACCGGCGAGGGACGGUCACGCUAAAAGUUACGGUGUACAGUUCUCCGGCAGCCGCUCGGUUAGUUCGUUUUUCAACCCCGUAUUUUAGGCCUGUGAUUAAUUUAAAGAUUGGGACGUAAUGUGAGCCCUUGCAUGGUGUGUCGGGUGGGCAGGACUGCCUCACGUCUUUCAGGGGGACUCCGAUGGGGGGGAGGCGGGUAUUUCAAGCAUCCCCUUCUUUGCCAAGCUUGCAUUGGCCGUAGGGGACCUGGGCCACCUCCUUCCUUCGUCCCCUCCUGGAGAAGGGCUGCCUGAGCAGCCUGGGGCUCGUCCUUGCUGGGGCGGGCAGCUGGCCUCCAGAGUCCUUUGCGGUGGCCACGCUGGGGGGCUGGGGGGAAGGUCCACAGCAGCCAGGGGCCAGUUGUCCACUCCUGUCUUUGCACACUCCUUUCCAGGGGGCGCCAUGGACCAAGCGCCACCAAGCCCCUCUCCCUGCUGGUGGGGCUUUGGCCGCAGGCUCACUCCCUUUGGGGGUUCUGCCAAGGCGCAGAGCCCCCCCUGUAAGGGAGGGGGAAGCCUGGCUUUAGUCAGGGGCCCCCUAGGCCAGGCUCUUUGCACUAGGGCCCCGGUGCUGACGGGUGGCGGGGAAUCACAGGGCAGGAGGGAGGCCGCCUCCCAUCUGCCCCAGCAGCACAAGCCACCCGCAGCUCGGGAGCCUCCGUGGAUCACUCCAAUUUGACCGUGAAGGUCUUUUUCCUCUUGGCACUUAAAAUGCCCCCUCCAGCAGGUCAGGCUGAGCGCGGUGCCUGCCCCAGUCCGGACCCCCAAGGUCUCUUCUGCCCAUCAAUCCCUGACCACGGCUGCUGCCCCUCCAGGACCGUCUGGCCGGGGGCAUCG